GCACUUUCUCCGCGAAAACAAAAAAAAAAGUUUAUUAUCUAGCAUUAUGUUUAGUAUAUUAUAUUACUACACAGCCAAUUAGAAAUUAGAUCUUGCUAAAAAUCAAAUAAAAGAAUAGAAGGUACCAAAAUGUUUCUUGUACUUUUUGUAGGUUCUAUUAGUGUUAACAUUUACAUUCCUUAAUUUUAGCUUUGACUGACACAACUCAACCACUACUGAAAAAUGAGUUGUUGGUUAAUAUGAUUCAAGGAGGAGAUGCAUGCUUGCUACAAGUGAUUCCUAUUUAUACUGAUAAGAACAUCUCAGACAUGGGAAUGCCAAUACCAUCCUCAUCUAAAGAAAUGUCAAUAUCUGCAGGUAAAGCCUUAUAUUAUAAUAGAACACAUAAAAUAAUAUAUGUAAACCUUUUACUCAACAAAUCCUAAACAUUUUAUAGUGCAUUAAAACAAGUAUUUUUUUAUUUCUAAUCAGACAUCUAUCUUAAGUUUAGAAAAAUUUAUGUCAAUCAUGAAAAUAACAUCGUCUGUCUGUUUUCUUUUAUGCACGAUCUAAGAUAUUGUAAUUAAUUAUAGUAUAGUAGACCAUAUUUAGCUAUCAUUUCACAUUGCAUAGCAAGACAUAAUUAUUGAAAUUAUUUUCUUUUCAGAUGCAUGGAAAGUUAAUAAACGAAGUAAGAAGAAAGAAACUGAAAAAGAUGAGUGAGAAAUAUACUCAAACUCAAAAGAUUAAACUUGCUAAAAAUGUGUCAGAUUCAAAAAUAUUUAGAAAGAUUGCCUGAGCCUAUAGGAAUUUUUACCAACCUACAAACUAAAAUUAAACAUAAGCCCAGAGGAAGAAGAUACACUAAUGAGGAAAUAAUUUUGGCCUUGUCAAUAUAUAAGCAAAGUGCAAAAGCUUAUGGUCUAAAAAAAAUGUUUGUACUACUGUCCAAAAGAUGUCUACAAAAACAAUUGAGUUAAAUUCCACUGAAGCCUGGAAUAAAUCCAAAAUUAUUUAUUCAGCUUCAAAAAACAGUAGCAAGACUUAGUCCAGAAAAAAGGCUCUGCACGCUUAUCUUCGACGAAGUGACUUUGGAGCCAGGUCUUUAUUUUAUCAAUGGACAAAUAGUUGGCUUCGAAGACUUCGGUCAUAAAAGAAAUAGCCAAAUUACUGAUCAUGCUUUAGUGUUCAUGGUGAAGAGCUUAAAAGGCAAAUAUAAGCAACCUUUAUGCUAUACCUUUUGCAAAAGUUGCACCAAAAAACAGGACCUCAAAUACUUAAUUAAAUUAAUAAUUAAAGAAGUACACAAAACUGGCCUCAGAAUUGUAUCAACAGUGUGUGAUCAGUCACAAUCAAAUGUGAGUGUUAUUAAAAGUUUAAAAGAAGAAACAAAAGUAAAAUAUUUAAAGAAGGAACUAGAGUAUAGAAGUCAUGCCUUUGAAGUAGAUCAAUAUAAAAUAUUUCCUCUUUUUGAUACUCCUCACCUUUUAAAAGGACUGCGAAAUAAUCUAUUAAAGAAAGAUGCAAAAUUUAUUGAGGAUGGCAUAGAAAAGUUUGCAAAAUGGGAGCAUAUAAAAAUGCUAUUAGAUGUUGAUGCUGGAGACCAAGAAAUACGACUAGUAAACAAAUUGACAGAGUUUCAUGUUGUAGAAAAUAAAAUACCAAAAAUGAAAGUAAAAUAUGCGGUUCAAGUAUCCAGCCAAAGAGUGUCAGGAGCAUUAAGAUUUUUGGCAAUUCCAGAUAUUGUGAGGUGGUCUCGGAUGGAUUGGGGCGGUUCACUGGUGGCACUGUGUCACUCCACAUAAGGGAUGGAGCGCAGCCCAUAUAUCUACGUGCGCGCCCUCUAGCCUAUGCCUUACGGGAACCUGUGGAACUCGCUCUUGAUCAGUUAGUGAAAGAUGGAGUCAUUACACCAGUUGAAACUUCAGAUUGGGCCACUCCUAUUGUACCAGUGGUAAAAAAAGAUGGAACCAUCCGAGUAUGUGGUGAUUAUAAACUUACUUUAAACAGAUGUUUGCAGGUGGACCGUUUUCCCUUACCAAAGGUAGAAGAUCUUUUAACUAAGUUACAUGGAGGUGAAAAAUUUUCUAAAAUUGAUUUGUCACAAGCUUAUGCUCAGUUUGAAUUAGAUGAGACGCGGAAAUUCACGGUAAUUAAUACACAUAAAGGCCUGUUUAGAUUCAAUCGGUUAAUAUAUGGAUUGUCAUCCAGCCCGGGCAUUUUUCAAAGGAAGUUAGAACAAUUAUUUGUGGAUAUACCCCGGGUGGGGGUAUUUUUAGAUGAUGUAAUUAUAACUGGGGAAAAUGAUAGUAAGCAUAUGGAAAAUUUAUACAAAGUUUUUGAUAGAUUAAGAAAGUAUGGUCUUAAAAUUAAAAAAGAAAAAUGUGUUUUUUUCGCUGAGUCAGUUACAUAUUUGGGAUAUGUCAUAAGUAAAGAUGGAAUUCAUACUUGUCCAGAUAAAAUAGAAGCCAUAAAAAAUGCACCUGCACCUAAAAAUGUUACAGAAUUAAGGUCGUUUCUAGGUCUAGUGAUGUAUUAUGCUAAGUUUGUGGCUAAUAUAAGUACAUUGUUGGAACCUUUAUAUAGAUUGUUAAAGAAGAAUUGCAAAUUUGAGUGGAAUGAGGAAUGUGAACAAACAAUAAAAAAUAUUAAAGGGCUUUUAAUCUCUAGUCGGGUAUUGGCACACUAUUCCUCAGGUUUACCUUUAAUUCUAACUACAGAUGCUAGUACAGUAGGUAUUGGUGCAGUAAUAUCACAUUUGGUACCAGAGAGUGGAGGUUCUGAACAAACAAUCUCGCGGGAACGCCCCAUUGCGUAUGCUUCUCGUUCACUUAAUUCUGCAGAACGCAACUAUUCACAAAUAGAGAAGGAAGCUUUGUCUAUUGUUUUUGGAAUUAGAAAGUUCCAUCAAUAUUUAUAUGGCAGGAAAUUCAUUCUUAGAACUGAUCAUAAGCCGCUAGUUUAUAUUUUUGGCGAAAAAGCAGGUAUACCGGUGAUGACCGCAAGCAGGAUACAAAGAUGGGCGAUUUUACUUGCGGGGUACGAUUAUCAAAUCGAGUAUGUACCGUCGGACAAAAACGGGGCGGAUGCGUUAUCCCGGUUACCGCUGCCAAGCAAUAAGGAAUCGAAACGCGUUGAGACAACAUAUUUAAAUUUUGUUCAGGAUUUCCUCCCGGUAACUAGAGUGAAUGUGAAAGAAAACACUGUGGCUGAUGAGUCAUUAAGAAAAGUAGUUCUGUGUUUACAAUCUGGUUGGCCCAUUAAAAGUGAUGACAAUGAUUUAAUACCAUACUGGAGAAGACGUACUGAGUUAUAUUUAGACAGAGGUUGUAUCAUGUGGGGUUAUAGAUUAGUAGUUCCAGCAAAGUUAAGAGAUAUUUUACUUAAGGAAUUACAUGUGGGGCAUUUAGGAAUAGUAAAAAUGAAAGCCGUGGCUAGGAGUUACGUUUGGUGGCCCAACAUUGACGCGGAUAUCGAACGCGUUUGCAGAGAAUGUACUACAUGUAUAGAAGAAAGCGCAGCGCCACCAAAGGCAUCUCCAAGCCCGUGGCCUUAUCUUACGGAACCGUGGUCUAGGCUGCACAUAGAUUUUUUAGGACCGUAUCAUGGUCAUACAUUUUUAGUUGUUAUAGACUCUACGUCUAAAUGGGUUGAGGCUUUUAAAAUGGUCCGUACGACAGCUGGAGCUGUUAUUGCAAUAUUGAGAGAAACAUUUGCACGUUUCGGUCUACCUAAAGAAGUGGUUUCUGAUAACGGCCCUCCGUUCUCUAGUAAGGAAUAUGCGGCAUUUAUGGAUAAAAAUGGUAUUAAGUUAACUUUUACAGCGAUUUACCAUCCGUCAUCAAACGGUGCGGCGGAAGGUGCCGUAAAACUUUGUAAACGCGCAGUAAAGAAGUCACUACGCGAGGGGCAGGAUAUAGAGGCCGCAUUACAAACAUAUUUAUUAGCUUAUAGAAACGUAGAGCAUAGUACCACGGGUGUGUCCCCGGCGGAAUUAUUACAAAAGCGUAAACUUCGGUCUAGGUUAGAUUUUCUAAAGGGUGACCGCGAAGUAGAAGAUCGUGUACAUAGUAUACAGCAACGUCAUAGGAGUGUUAAUAGAAAUUCUUCGCGGGAAUUUGAUACAGGGGACAAAGUAUGGGUACGCAAUUUCAAUCGGGGGAAGAGAUGGGAUACGGGUCGUGUCGGAGAAAGGUUAGGAUCUCGAAACUAUUUAGUGGAAAGGGAAGACGGUUCAUGUGUUAAGAGACAUGUGGAUCAGAUGAAGGCUAAAUCAACGCCUAUGUUCGAUUUACCAUGCCCAAAUUUGAAGGAUAUUCAUCAGGAUAUGGCGGCACAGUCAGCUGCGGCAAUAAAGACACCAGGGCAGGAUCAGGAUCACAAAGUGAUCGUUGAAAAGGAUGAUCUUACAGGCCAACCAAAGGGGGCUGACACGGUGGCGCCGGACAACCGUCCCAAGCGAAUUCGCAGACCCGUUAAGAGAUUUGAAUUUGAUUAGUUUUAGUAAAUCCAAUUGUCAUUAAUUAGUUAUUAAUUUAUAUUGUUAAUUUAGUGGAAGGGUGUGAUAUAUGUGCCAUCUGGCAACACAGUUUUGACGUUGUCAAUAACGCAUCGUUUCCCGCUCUCUCGCAAUUAAACGUUAAGUCGGCAUUAUCGUGUUUUUCUUGGGGUCUCCAAGUAAUGGCAGUAAUCCUGGCCAGAAUCCUCGAUAAAUACAUAUCAGUUGACUUUUACCAAUUUAUGAAAAACGACCGACCGAUCAUUGAUGUUGCGCUAGCCUUUAAAUUUAUAAUUAAAUUAUAAUGACCGUGA